GGUUUCCGGACUGCUCCCGGCCACCUUAUCCGUAGCACUAUGUGUUUCUGAGUGAGAGAAGCCGACUCUUGUUUACAGCAGAGAUUCCACGGAGGAUCGGGAGACCCACAGCCUGCGUUUACCGAGGGGCGAACCGUAGGAUUUCAGCCUCUGGAUAUAAAGGCCUACACGCGACGGGAGUUUUGUUCUCUCAUUUGUUUUUACGAGCAUAAAGGCAAAACAAGAAAACACUCGUAAAGGGCAUAUAUUCUCCCUCCCACCCCAGCCGAGGUCGUCUAGCUGGAGACCGAUUCUCUUGCGUGGCACAAGUCUGGUGUUUUCUUUCAGCUGAAAAUCUCGACUGACGGCAGAGAUAAAGUCCGACCCGAGGAGCUGGAAAUUUUGUUUAAAAAACGACUUCUCACUGCUCACUGCCAGGACAGCUUGCUGGGGAUCGAGAUACUGUGCUGGUUGAAUGGCAUAGGCAAAAAAGAUUUUUCAUUCAUUUUUCAACCUCCCAGCCACCACCCCUGUGGAUCUGGACGUGUUUUCGGCCCCACUCCUCCUCUCAAACACAGUCAUUCACACGUGGAUUCUUGCGAGCAACACUGGCGUUAAUUUAUUAUGGUGGCAGAGGCUAGGCCUACUAACAAUAACCUUUAGUCUAGUAUUUUUUUAUUGUUAUUACCAGGCCUGUACGCGCGCUGCUGUUUUCAAGAGAUGGAGACUGAAGAUGGGGAUUACCAUCAUUUAUCCAGUAAAAUCACUGGCUCGUGUGCCAUACCAGCCGACGUCAAAGUAUCCUGUGAUUGGCAAAAAUAGCAGACUGUUUUAGUAAUAUUUUUUUUACUCUUCAAAGGAAUUCCCUGUUAUUGACAAUUUAUACACAUUUAUUUAUAUAUGAAGCAUAUUUUAGAGCAAAUCGUGGUAGACAAGCAAACCAAGCAUUUGCAGGCUACCAUAGAAUAGCCUUUUUGGGCUACAGACAUUUAUUUUCCCUUUUUCUUUACAGAUAAAGGUUGUUUUUUUUUUUAGAAGCUGGUGUAUUUUAUUAAAAAUCCUUCCUGCCUUUUUGUUGUUUUUUUCUUUUGAGAGGUGAAUAUUGUUAAGGAACAUGGGAUCUGACACACCGAUGUGUAGCCCGACCUUGUUUUGGGGUCUGAUGCUGUCAGUCUCCACUAUCUGCAUCUGGUCCACAUAUGGAGAAAUCUGUGGUCCGAGUAUCGACAUCCGAAAUGAGAUCAGUGAGUUCAAGCGGCUGGAGAACUGUACGGUGGUGGAGGGCUACCUGCAGAUCCUCCUCAUCAAUGACAAGACCAACAACAUCCACCAGGAGGUCUUCCGCUCCCUGAGCUUCCCAAAGCUGACGGUCAUCACUGACUACCUGCUGCUGUUUCGCGUCUCGGGCCUGGACAGCCUCAGCAUUCUCUUCCCCAACCUGAGUGUCAUUCGGGGGCGCAAACUCUUCUACAACUACGCCUUGGUGAUCUACGAAAUGACCAGCCUGAAGGACAUCGGCCUGUACAACCUGAGGAACAUCACCCGGGGAGCCAUGCGGAUUGAAAAGAACCCUGAGCUCUGUUACCUAGACUCAGUGGACUGGUCUCUUAUUAUGGAUGGUGAAUUCAACAACAUUAUCAAUGGGAAUAAGAAGGCAAAGGAAUGUGACAAUGUGUGCCCUGGCAUCAUGGAGGAUAACCCUCUUUGUCAGAGGACGUCGUUCAAUGACAACUACAUAGAUCGCUGUUGGACCUCCAUCGAGUGCCAGAAAGUUUGCCCAGAACACUGCAAGCUUGCCUGCACAGCCAAGGGGGAGUGUUGCCACAGCCAGUGCCUGGGCAGCUGUACUGAACCCAACAACGACAUGGCCUGCUCUGCCUGCCUCCACUACAACCACGAAGAUCGCUGUGUGCCAGACUGUCCCCCAGGCACUUACAAGUUUGAGGGCUGGCGCUGCAUCAACAUGGACCUGUGCUCUCAAGUGCACCUGCCCGGUGACACUCACUUUGUCAUCCACGGGGGAGAAUGUAUGCCCGACUGCCCCUCUGGCUUCACACGCAAUGAGACUAAUCGUAUGUUAUGCAAUGCCUGCGAUGGACCGUGCGAUAAGCCCUGCUCAUCCCCUGUCAUCGACUCUGUGGAUGCUGCUCAGACCCUGAAGGACUGCACCGUCAUCGAAGGCAAUCUGGACAUCAACAUCCGCCGUGGAAAUAACAUAGCGUCUGAGUUGGAGAACUUCAUGGGAUUGAUCCAGACAGUGACGGGCUAUGUGAAGAUUCGACACUCCCACGCACUUGGCUCGCUGUCCUUCCUCAAGAGCCUGCGUUACAUCAAUGGGCAGGAGCUCAUCGACAACAUGUAUUCGUUCUCCGCCAUCAACAACCAGCACCUGCAGUAUCUGUGGGACUGGAGUCAGCACAACCUGACUAUUCGGGCUGGACGUCUCUUCUUCCGUCUGAACCCCAAACUCUGCAUGUCCGAGAUCCACAAGAUGUGGGAAAAAACGGGCAGAACUGGGAAGCUGGAGCAGGAUGACUUCCGUAACAAUGGUGAAAGAGCCAGCUGUGAAAGUCAUAUCUUGAAGUUCAAGUCUAACAUCACAACAAGCCAUACGAUCAGGCUGGCAUGGGAGCGCUACCGGCCGCUGGACUACGGAGACCUUAUCAGCUUCAUAGUCUACUACAAGGAGUCCCCUUUCCAGAACAUCACAGAGUUUGAUGGCCAGGAUGGCUGUGGCUCAAACAGCUGGCACAUGGUGGAUGUGGAUUUCCCUCAGGAUAAAAACACUGACCCAAAAAUCAUUCUUCAACACCUCAAGCCCUGGACCCAGUAUGCUAUUUUUGUGAAGGCCAUUACCCUGCAAGUGGAGGACAAACACAUUUCUGGGGCAAAGAGUGAUAUAAUUUACAUUCGCACACGCCCAUCGCUGCCGUCUAUACCCAAAGAACCCCGUGCAUAUGCAAACUCCUCAACCAAGCUGAUGGUGAAGUGGUUACCUCCAGUCUUUCCCAACGGCAACCUGACCUACUACUUGGUCCGCUGGCAGCAGCAGCCUGAGGACAGGGAGCUCUACCAACAUAACUACUGCUCCAAAGAGCUGAAGAUCCCGAUUCGUAUCCCAGCCACAGGUCUCACAGACAUGGAAGAGAACACCAAGCCCACCAAGUCAGACCUGGCAGGGGCAGAGAAGAACCAAUGCUGUGCUUGCCAGAAGACGCCCGAGGAGAAGGACCGGGAGAAGGAUGACCGCGUCUUUUUCAAAGUCUUCGAGAACUUCCUUCACAAUGCCAUCUUUCUGCCAAGACCUCCAGAUCGUAGACGUAGAGAUGUUUUUGGAGUGGCUAACAACACACUGUUCCCUGACGGUGUUGGUAGAGGGAACACCACCCUUGGCCUGGGGGAUAACAGUACAGAUGGCAUUCCUUAUACAAAUGACACCUUCUCGCAGGAAAAGAGCACAGCAGAAUCUUUAGAGAUCCCCAACCUGGAGCCAUUCACUGUCUACCGUAUUGACAUCCAUGCCUGCAAUGAGGAGGUGGGGCGCUGCAGCGCUGGAGCCUUUGUCUUCUCCAGGACCAAACCUGCAGACAAAGCAGAUGACAUCCCUGGAAAGGUGAUCUGUGAGAGGAGUGACAAAGUUGAGGGUUGUGUGGUGCUGCGCUGGCCAGAGCCCAUCAGGCCUAACGGACUCAUCCUGAUGUAUGAGAUCAAGUUCCGUCUGGGGAAUGAGCCUGAGAAGCACGAGUGUGUGUCGCGGCAGCAUUACCGCGAGCAGAGAGGAGCUCGGCUGACCAACCUGGGCUCAGGGAACUACUCUGUUCGUGUGCGCGCCACUUCACUAGCGGGGAACGGUUCCUGGACGGAGAGUGUGUCCUUCUACGUGCUUCCACCCAAACGGGAAGAUGGUGUAACGUUGUACUUGGUCAUCAUAAUUCCCAUCAUAGUGACACUUUUCAUUGCCAGCCUCGCCACAAUUCUCUUCUUUGUGAACAAAAAGAGGAAUAGCGAUAGAUUGGGGAAUGGAGUCCUUUAUGCGUCUGUCAACCCGGAGUACUUCAGCGCUGCUGAGAUGUAUGUCCCGGAUGAGUGGGAGGUGGCCAGGGAGAAGAUCACGAUGCACAAGGAGCUGGGCCAGGGCUCCUUUGGCAUGGUGUAUGAAGGCAUCGCCAAGGGAGUGGUCAAGGACGAACCUGAGACACGAGUGGCCAUCAAGACGGUCAAUGAGUCAGCUAGCAUGAGGGAGCGCAUUGAGUUUUUGAACGAAGCCUCUGUCAUGAAGGAGUUCAACUGUCACCAUGUGGUGCGGCUGCUGGGCGUGGUCUCUCAGGGUCAGCCAACCUUGGUGAUAAUGGAGCUGAUGACCCGUGGAGAUCUCAAGAGCCACCUGCGCUCGUUGCGCAAAGAAAUCUCCACCAGCCAGGUCCUACCCCCGCUCAAAAAGAUGAUCCAGAUGGCAGGGGAAAUUGCUGACGGCAUGUCGUACCUAAAUGCCAACAAAUUUGUCCACAGAGAUCUGGCUGCCAGGAACUGCAUGGUAGCUGAGGACUUCACUGUGAAGAUUGGAGAUUUUGGCAUGACCAGAGAUAUUUACGAAACGGAUUACUAUCGAAAAGGAGGGAAGGGCCUACUGCCUGUCCGCUGGAUGUCGCCGGAGUCGCUGAAAGAUGGCGUGUUCACUACAAUGUCUGAUGUCUGGUCAUUUGGUGUCGUGUUGUGGGAGAUCGCCACCUUAGCGGAGCAGCCUUACCAGGGCAUGUCCAAUGAACAAGUUCUGCGCUUUGUCAUGGAGGGAGGACUCUUGGACAAACCUGACAACUGCCCUGACAUGCUGUUUGAGCUGAUGAGGAUGUGCUGGCAGUAUAACCCCAAGAUGCGUCCGUCCUUCCUGGAGAUCAUCAGCAGCAUCAAGGACGAACUGGAUCCUCCCUUCAGGGAAAUGAGCUUCUUCUACAGUGAGGAGAACAAGCCGCCGGACACUGAGGAGCUGGACAUGGAGGUAGAAAACAUGGAGAACAUUCCUUUGGACCCUGCAUCCACCAGGCAGCCCUGUGCUGCCGCUGCCCCCUCAUCAGGAUGUACAGGAGGCACGCCGCCUCCUUCUACCCAGCAGUUAUCCCCCAUGCAAGGCCCAAGUACUCCAUUAUUGGGACCUGUGCCACCCUCCUCCCCGGGCCAGGUUGCCUCGGCCUUGGCGUCUCCAAGCCUAGCCUUGGACAAGCACUCAGGACAUGUUUCGGCCAACGGGCCUGUGGUGGUGCUGCGGCCCAACUUUGACGAGAUGCAACCCUAUGCACACAUGAAUGGGGGCAGAAAGAACGAGCGGGCGUUACCACUGCCCCAGUCGUCGGCCUGCUGAUAUCAGACCAGCCCCUCCUCCUUCACCUCCUCUCACACAGGGUAACACAAACCUCUCCUCCAUCACUUUAGGAGGGAUGGAUGAGGUAAGAAAUGACUCUCUUCUACUGUGUGCCAGUAGAUGGUAUGUCCACUCCUUAAAGGUCAAACACAAAGUCUAAAAACUGACAAAUAGCACAGACACUUGUUGAAGACUUUGGAGUUUGGUGGCUCAGACUCGACACUGGGGAACUCCUUCAUGUGCAGCCUGUACUUCAGUUUGUUACAGAAGUCCUUCAUAAAGGAAACACGAUACAGGCAUGUGUCCUGAUUUACAGAUUAUGAAAUGAAAAUCAUUUUUUAGCAUAUCUGCCAGCAAUCCAACAGAAGAGCACUUUUUUCCUGAUGAUUUCAGAGAGGAUGUUGUGGAUAUCUGAGUGUGUAUUUAUACAAACACGUGAUUCUCUCUAUAUUAUGGUAUAGCUCCAUUUCUAAAUGACUUUCCAUCAAAAUGACUUUGUUUGCAUGAGCGGACUGGCUCAUGUCAUGUGAGGAUGCCUCUUAUCAUUGUUUCCUUUUUCCUGUUGAUAUUUCUAUGGGUGUAGAUCCUGUCAGGAGCGGGUCAAAAUGGAAGAAGAGGGCCUAUUGUGUAUCUGCCAAACUAUUGCCAAAUCAAGUCAUUUCUUCAACUUCACACAGGUCUACCUUCUUGUUUAAGGCUGUGAUUCAGAGUUGAGAUAAGUCUGCAAAAUAAUACCAGAAAUGUAUUCAGACUUCAUGCUUCUUUUUAUUGCUGCUCCUGGAGCAGUUAUGUGGGGUUAUAACAAGACAGAAUACUGUGUUACUGUUGAGAACGGCUGCUUUCACACCUGAAGUCAAGGUUUUCUCAGAAUUUGCAGCGUCUGCUUUGGGUGUGUAAUAAAUCUAGCAAGCCUAAUGAUAUUUUGAGGAAAAACACUGAACUAAACUAAAAUGUAAAGUUAAUGUUUCUUUUCAAAUCAAAUGACACUAUCAGUAUCUUAAGAUGAUUAUUUGUACAAACAACUGGGUUCUUGAUAAUAACCAACAGUUAUUAAACAUUAUGUAGUUAAGUAACCACUAGCCCGUCGAUACCAUUACAUGAUGACAACAAGAUAUUUAGAUAUACAAAUAUACCAGUUUAAAAUCCAUAUUUGUGGCAUAAAGCAUAAUUAUUCUGGGAAUUAUGAUCAACUGUGUACAUUGGACACCCAAAUAAUAACAAGUAAAAUGCAGCAGACAUGGGCAUUCUUCAUAUACCAAAUAGUUGAUCAAAUAAUUGACAAGAAAAUAAUCAUUCAUUGCGGCCCUAUGGUUUCCAUAUAAUAACAUUUGAAAAGCCAGCAAGCUGUUGCUGGUGAUGGGCUUACCAAAAUGUUCUGUUGCACCACCAGUCCAUCCAGACUAAAACGCUCCACUUCAUCGCUUCCAUCUUUUGAACAUCUGAGGUGAAGUACAACUCUGAAUCACGGCCUCAGUCUGUCUUCGUUUUAAUAAAAACAAAACAUCAAGGCAUCAUACAAUAAGUCUCAUACUGCAAAUCACUGAAUUUCACUAUCAGGGGAUACGACUCUGCCUCCACUUUCACUUAUUCAAACUUUAUCUGACAGCGUGAAUUUCAUGUGGGAAGUUAACUGUUUGUUGUUCCCCGAUACUGCUGUUCAAAUUAAAUGGCACCACAUACACCACAACAAACAAACAGAGUCGCAAACCUGAGACAGAAAACAAGAAGGUGUUGGAUCGGAUUUCAGAAGCCUAGAGACAACUUUACACACAGCAGGUCUCUUGGGAUAGUCAUUAGUUUCUCUACAUUUCAAACACAUAUAAAGGUCUUACAGUUGAAUUUUAGACUGCAGGAUUGUUUUUAUACACAUCAUUGGUUUUGUCACUUUUUUAAACCUUUUUACAGUUCAAAAUGUUUGCCUCUAUGUCUGUACAGAACAAAGCUGCUAUUUUAUUCUUUUUCUCUUUUGGAUGUUAUAUAUAUAUAUAUAUAUAUAUAUAUAUAUAUAUGAAGAAAUCCUUCAGGUUUGGUAUUUUAUGAUCUCCACUACAGUCCAUUUCUACUACAGUUCAAUAUCUUUGAACUCUGUUUAAAAAAUUAAAAUAAAACAACAAAAAAUAAGAUGAUUUAGAUAUAAAACCAUUUUUUUCUGUUGCCCCAAAAGGUUUUCUGUAACACUAUAUUUAGCUCAUUGCUUUUUAUUUUUAUGAAAUAUUUCCUCCUGUAUUUGUUUUGUGGAUGUCUAUAUUAUUAUUAUUAUUAUUAUUAUUAUUAUUAUUAUUAUUAUUUCGAAUGGACACCUUAGGUCGAUAUGUGAGUGUAUACUCCCUGCACCCUUUUUCUAUGUGUUGUCUAGCACUGCGCCUAGCAUUGCCCUCUAGGUGCAACUCAAUCUCAGGUCAAAGUAAAGGCUUUGCUUUCUCCACACAUUCUCA